AUGCAGUGGGCUUCCAUCCUGCUGCUGGCAGGGCUCUGCUCCCUCUCCUGGGCCCAGUAUGAGGAAGACUCUCACUGGUGGUUUCAAUUCCUCCGCAACCAGCAAUCCACCUAUGACGAUCCCUACGACCCUUACCCCUAUGAGCCUUAUGAGCCUUACCCCUACGGGGGAGAGGAAGGUCCAGCUUAUGCCUACGGCUCUCCGCCCCCACCAGAGCCCCGAGACUGCCCCCAGGAGUGCGACUGUCCCCCCAACUUCCCCACAGCCAUGUACUGCGACAACCGCAAUCUCAAGUACCUGCCCUUUGUCCCCUCCCGCAUGAAGUAUGUCUACUUCCAGAACAACCAGAUCUCUUCCAUCCAGGAGGGUGUCUUCGACAAUGCCACUGGGCUGCUCUGGAUUGCUCUCCAUGGCAACCAGAUCACCAGUGAUAAGGUGGGCAGGAAGGUUUUCUCCAAGCUGAGGCACCUGGAGAGGCUGUAUCUGGACCACAACAACCUGACCCGGAUACCCAGCCCACUGCCCCGAUCCCUGCGAGAGCUCCAUCUUGACCACAACCAGAUCUCAAGGGUCCCCAACAACGCGCUGGAGGGGCUGGAGAACCUCACCGCCUUGUACCUCCAUCACAACGAGAUCCAGGAAGUGGGCAGCUCGAUGAGAGGACUCCGAUCGCUGAUUUUGCUGGACCUGAGCUACAACCACCUGAGGAAGGUGCCUGACGGGCUGCCCGCAGCCCUUGAGCAGCUGUACCUAGAGCACAAUGACGUCUUCUCAGUCCCCGACAGCUACUUCCGGGGCUCCCCCAAGCUGCUGUACGUGCGGCUGUCCCACAACAGCCUCACCAACAGCGGCCUGGCCUCCAACACCUUCAAUUCCAGCAGCCUCCUUGAGCUCGACCUGUCCUACAAUAAGCUGCAGAAGAUCCCCCCAGUCAGCACCAACCUGGAGAACCUCUACCUCCAAGGCAACAGGAUCAACGAGUUCUCCAUCAGCAGCUUCUGCACCGUGGUGGAUGUCAUGAACUUCUCCAAGCUGCAGGUGCUGCGCCUGGACGGCAACGAGAUCAAGCGCAGCGCCAUGCCUGCUGACGCGCCCCUCUGCCUGCGCCUGGCCAGCCUCAUCGAGAUCUGA